AUAGUCGUUUGUAAAAUUCAAAAUAUAACAUAUACAGAAAAAUCUAAAUUUUUAUUAUAUAGUAAUUGUGGUUGUUUAAUUUAUUUAAUAGUUUAAAAUUAAACAAAUAUAAUAGAAGAUACACUAAUUUUUAUCAAAUAUGUAUUAUUCAAAUCAUUUAUUGCCAUAUAUACUUUAGCCACAUUAGGCAAUUCCGUAAAUUUUAUUUAAGGAAAUAAUAAAGUACAUUAAUGCUGAAUUUAUUGUUUGUUUAAUAAAAAACUUAUUAUAUAAUUAGAUGGACCAUCAUAUUUCUCUAAUGAUUCUAAGAAUCAUCCUAUUGAUGACAUGUGGCUACAAAAAGAAGUUGUAAUGCUUCUCAAAUAAUAUAUAGGGGAUUGUUUACACUUUCUUGGUGUAUACUAGUAUUUAUGUCCAUAUUUAUUUUCUUACUCGAAACUUCAUCUGUCAUAACAGGAUUGGCAUUUAGAACCAACCAUUAAAAGAUAGAAAAUGAAUUCGUUCUGCAGUUUCCAAAAUUUCUUUAUUCUCCACGGUGUUGAUUGGUAAAUAAAUAAACAAUUUUGAUAAGAUGGGUCUAGCUCCCGUUAGAGAGGCCUAUCUAGGAGAUGAGGGCUUAAUGGGUUCGGCUAAUUAUUAAGGCCUAUAGACAAAUCAAAUAAGGCUUAGCACUAUGUGUAAGAAAAAGGCCUCGGCUGAUUAGGCCUUAUGUCAAGUGGCCCUUAAAAGUCAAAAGAUUUGCGAAAAAUGUUUGGUUAUGAUAAAGUACGGAGCAACAAGUAAAAUCGAAAAAAAUUAUAUACAUGAUCCAGUAAUCCAAUAUUUUAAAAUUCAAAAAACUAUAAGAAUCGUGGGGAUUUCGAAUCCAAGAUUCUGAUUCAGAUUUGUGAUCCAUUUUUAAAGAAAUAAAAAUGAUUAGCAUUUGCAUCUUCAUUAUCUCCACGAUUAGAAAAGCCAAAGGAAAAGGAAAAUUAAAAUUAAUUUUUAGAUUUUCGUUAUCACCGUAUAUGAUCACAAAACACUGUCACUGACAUAAACACCAAGUUUCUUACCAGUUUCCAGAGAAUCAAUACCAAAGAACAAAAACACACAACUUGUUUCUUAAACUAUAAGCAAGAUAAAAUCAUAUCAAAUCAUUUCUUGAUACACCGUUAUCCUAUAUGUCCAUAUAUAAAUAGAAAACAUAAUGCUACAAUCAUUAUAAAAUCUUCAUACAUUCAUACUCAAGUCUUUUCGAUUUGUCAAUACUCCUCUUUCUUCAUCUGUACGUUUGCUUCCGUUUCUUUAGGUUUAUUUACUCAGCUGCUUUACUGCACAGAGUAUCAAUGGAGGAAGAGCUCCAUGUUUUAGCAGUAGAUGACAAUCUAAUGGACCGUAAACUUGUGGAGAGAAUCCUCAAGAUCUCUUCUUGCAAAGUGACAACAGCAGAAAAUGGGAUCAGAGCAUUGGAGUACUUAGGCUUGGGAGAUUCACAACAGGCUGAUUCAUCAAGUACCAACAAUGUUAUGAAGGUGAAUCUUAUCAUAACUGAUUACUGUAUGCCAGGGAUGACAGGUUUUGAGCUGCUCAAGAUAGUAAAGCAGGAAUCGUCAAAUCUAAAGGAAGUACCUGUUGUGAUAUUGUCAUCAGAGAACAUUCCUACUCGCAUCAACAAAUGUUUAGCCAGCGGAGCUCAGAUGUUUAUGCAGAAGCCACUGAAACUGUCGGAUGUAGAGAAACUCAAGUGUCAUCUCUUAAACUGCAGAAGCUGAAUAUCUGCUCUCAUAGAGUAAUUUUUUAAAAAAGAUUGUGUUCCUAAACAAUGUCAAAGAUCGUCUUGGUCAUCUCAAAGACACUUCCUGUUAUUUAUAGAUUUGUGAAAAAACCAAUAAUUCUCUCUCUCUCUCUCUCUCUCUCUCUCUCUCUCUCUCUCUCUCUCUCUCUCUCUCUCUCUCUCUCUCUCUCUCUCUCUCUCUCUCUCUCUCUCUCUCUCUCUCUCUCUCUCUCUCUCUCUCUCUCUCUCUCUCUCUCAGAUAAUUAUAUUUUGUGAGUUAUAAAAGUUUUUUGGGGUCAGAUUGCGAGGAACCUUAGACUACAAGAAACGUCUAGAAUUCAACGAAGCAACAGUAGAUAGAAUCUGAAUUCAAAAUCAAAAAGCAACGAAAUUAAACAUCUCUUCCACCUAUGAUCUAUGCAUUUGUUGCUAAUUUGGUGAGUGAUGAGAUGCCUUUCUUGGGCCGGUUUUUCACGUUUUGGGAUCCGUACUUUGAAACUUCAUUAAAAAUACCUUUGAUCAUUAUCACUUCGACCAUGUGAAUGGCCUUUUUGUCGAUAACCAAACCGAACCGAACCCAAAUUUAAUUCGGUUAAUUUCGGUAUAGUUUUUAAAAAUUUUGGUUAACCAAAAACCGACGGUUCGGUUUCGAAAAAUCGAAGUCGCAGGGCUAAUGGACACAUUCCAAGCAUAUUGAUAGGUGUUGAACUGUUGAUUGUUUGUAGAUUUUAAAAUAAAUUUUGGUUUUAGAUUAAAAAACACUUGACAAGUCAUUCAAAAUUUAGAUUAUAGCUUCAGUUUUUGUAAAAAAGCUGUAAAGUUUUUUUUUGGCAAAAUUUAACAAAUAAAUUUCUUAAAGUUUAGGGAAAUUAGUUUUCAAAGUUUUUCUUAUCAUUUUAUGAACAGAAACCAAAAUCCGUAAAGUUUUUUUUGGCCAAAUUUUACUUUUUAAAACCAAUAAUCAAAUGAAUGUUAUUUUAUUUAAAACUCACAUAAAAUUUGCAUGAUAUAAUAGAAUUUCUAUAAUAACAUAAAAUAAAAUUUUAAUAUUUAGUUUUAUGAAAUAAAUCUAUGUAUUUUAUCUAUAUUGUAUUUUCUUUAUUUUAUUAAUCAUGAAUCAUUGAGGUAUUAUUUCUAUAUAAUAAAAUUAUAACAUAAUUUGAUACGUUUAUUCAAAUAAAACAACAACUAAAAUCAAAAAGCAUUAAAUGCUCUAUUAUAUUGAAAAAAUAAACUAAACAAAUUAUCAUUCAAGCUUAAAAAACAAAAUCUACAAAAACCCAAAAAACUAGAAACUAAAAGUUAAAAACUAAAAACCAAAAUUAUGUACACGGAUAUUUCGGAAUGAUAGUAACAAAAAUAGUGAAAAGGAUUGGGGGUAUGAAAUAUUAAUUAAAGAGACGAGAAUAUAAAAGUAGAGAGUAU